AUGCGGGAAAUCCGCUUGCUGCAUCCCGAGCAGCUUGUAUGCUAUGCCGAAAUGAAGGGUCAUACCGAGGAUAUCACCGCAAUGAUUUUCCAUCAAUCUCAGCCUACUAUCCUGUUCAGUGGUGACUCGAAGGCGUCAGUAAUCGUCUGGGAUAUUGGCAUCCCAUCGGUACCUGACUACAAGACUCGCUACCAGCUGCUUAUGCGACUCCGCUGUCCACGACUCGACGUCAAUCCUGUCUUGAAUCUCGUCUUCCUGCCGCACUAUGCUUACCUCAUCGCCGGAUGUGAAGAUGGUCUGUUCGCCUGGAAGAUUACUGACUUGCGUUUGGAGAAGCGGGAACGAGAACCGGACAUGGAGCUCAAAUUGGAGGUAGAUCACGAAGUUUGCAUCGAUGGCCUCGCCCAACUGAGUGACAAUGCACUGGUCAUCAAGGUUGUGGAGUCUGGCGAAAUUAUGGUGUUUGAUUUUGCCGCCGUACUGGAGCGCAGAAAAGGUAAUUUAAGCUUACAGCGGGUGGUCCCGAUCGAAAUGCGUGGUCACCUGUAUUGGCAGAAGACGGAUGAAAUUUACAUUAACGUAUCGGUUCGGCAGAACUUGGGUGCUGUUCUCUGUGGCGACAACGAGGGUGCAAUAUGGAUCUAUGAUCUUGAUCCGUAUCUGGACGAUUUACACUCCUCAAGCCGAAAGAAAUUCUUUGUAAAACCUAUUAAGAUCCUCGAAUGGCCUGAAUGCUCAGUUCAGGGCAACCGAGACGAAGAUCAGCAGCUGAAGGAGUCAAUCACCUCGGGUUUCCGAAACCCCGUUGUGAACUCGGUGGAGAUGAGCUCAGACGGUCACUUCCUGGCAGCUGUUACGGACAACAAUCUGGUCUGCAUCUGGCGCUAUGCUCCCCCAGUUGUGCAACAACAACAGCAGCAACCAGCACCACCCCAACAGCAGCAGCAGCAGCAGCAGCAGCAGCAACAGCCCAAUUUGUUG